CAGAACUGGUUUAUUCCCGGUGACACGACUGUGAUUAUUAAUCUACACGCUAUCCAUCAAGACCCUGCUCAUUACCCAGAGCCAGAAAAGUUUAUCCCAGAGCGACACAUGGCUUAUGUCCAGCGAGACAACCGUGACAAGUUUAGUCAAACAACAGAAGAUCGACCCCAUUUGGCUUUCUCGACUGGCCGUCGUGUAUGUGUUGGCAUUCAUCUAGCUGAGCGUAGUCUGUUUAUGGCCGCAUCCGGUUUACUUGGUUGUUUCCGCAUUGAU